AUGGACCCUUCGUCGUCGUCGCUCUCGUUGAAGAGAACACAGACGGGGCCGAGGAAGGACCAGUGUCUCUUCAUCCACUACUACAAAAUGAAGAAGCGUCUGUUCUUCAACAAGGUGAUCAAAGCAGCCGCAGGGCCGGAUGAACUCGAUCCUGGUUCGGGAAGCGAGGGCGAGGAUGGGAUGUCGGUAGACAGCGGCUCCGACGAUAUGUUUGACCCCGUAGACUACGUGCUGGAUUAUAUCCUAGGCUACGUACUUGAGGUCAGUAUCCUCCUACCGGACGAAGAUAUCCCAGAAGACAUCCCGGCUGCAUUGGAGAAAUUGCAGCCGCCAAUUCUCUUUGUGGAUGAUGGAGCGAGGAGUUCAACGAGAUCGAGCAGCCGGAGUACAAUGAAAGUAUGUGUUCCCUCCAGGGGGCUGUUUGGCACCCUACUGAUCUUCGUUGGUCGAUCCGUAGUACGCGGGAAACAGAAGGCUCCUGAUGCUGAUCCUUCCCCCACGGAUCCUGGCAAUAGGGAGCGAAAUAUGGAUGUGGAUCGAUCUGGUUCCCCGGGUAGUCAGACCGAAACGCCCAACAAAGGCCGUAGGACAGACACUGCCCACGCUUAUGAGACCCUCCUAGUCCAAGAUCACACCGGUGGCGUGGCCUGCGCUGCGUGGUCCCCCGACGGUCGCUACAUUGCUACUGGAGCCGAGGAUCACACCGUGGUCCUGCGCGACGGCACCAGCGGAGCAUUCAUGCACAAGUUCGUCGGCCACGACGACACGCUGUGGUCGCUCGCGUUCUCUCCCGACAGCCGACGCCUUGCCACAGGCGCUAACAACGGCACCGCGCUGGUCUGGGAUAUUGAGACGCGCAAUGUCAUGGUCGUACUCGACGGGCACACGAAGACGGUGAACUCGAUCGAGUUCACGUCCGACGGCUCCAAGAUCGCGACCGCCUCCGUCGAUUGCACCGCCCGGAUCUGGGACUCGGAGACAGGCGCGCUCCUGCACACGAUGGAGGAGGAGAAGGUCGUCAUCAGCGCCCACUUCUCGCCGAACGGGAAGUAUCUCGCGACCUGCGGCUCCAACUACGUCGUCAAGAUCUGGGACGUGGACACCGGCGAGCUGUUCCACACGCUCGUGCACCACGAGGGGAUCGUCUGGGCAGUCGACUUCGACCCGCACAGCCGGCGCAUCAUCACCGGCUCGGACGACGCGAUGAGCAUCAUCUGGAGCGUCGAGUCGGGCGACCCGCUCGUCAUCCUGCGCGAGCACCCGUCGCCCGUGUGGGCCGUCGCGUUCUCCCCGGACGGGAAGCAGGUGAUGAGCGCGUCGAACGACAUGACGAUCAAGCUGUGCGACUCGUUCACGGGCGAGCUCCUGUACACGUUCAACCGCAACGACGCGCUCGUGAACUCGGCCGUGUUCUCGCCCGACGGGAACUUCAUCGCGUCUGGCGGCGGCGACAACGAGGUGCUCGUGUGGAGCACGCGCACGGGCAAUGCACUCGCGCCGAUGCAGGGGCAUGAGGACAAGAUCAACUCGGUGCGGUUCUCGCCGGACAGCGAUAGGCUGGUCACCGCGUCUGACGACGGAACCGUCCGGCUUUGGACGCUCCUGAACUUGGACGAAGGAGAGGCUCAAGGGGCUCCGCAAGAGGACUAG